AUGUUGAAAAGAAGGAAUUUGCAGAUCGAUCCGAAUUACGAGAAUCGGCCGCUCAAAAACUUCAACAGCACACAGACGAAGAGGAAAACCGCUGAUCCAUGGGGUGAUCCAGUUCCAUCAAGCGAAGAGGACUCUUAUUGGUGCUACAUUUGUAUCGAUCAAAAUGGACACUCGUCAUCACCAGCACUCUUGGCUCACCUUCUUCAGAAACAAAUGCGCGUCCCGUUGGCUCCGAGUUGCUCUCUCGAUCGAUACGCCUAUCAAAUCAUGUGCAAGGGGCCGUGCGUGGUCGCGAUGUACACGAGGGGAAGAGAGUUUCUCGGCUAUCUUCGCGAUUGUGCGUCGGCAGCAGCGUUCAAAGCUUUCUCCGAGCAACAACUCAGCCAAUUCCCUCAACCGGCCCCGCAAGUGAUUGGUCUUGGGCAAGAUAUUUAUGUCGAACUCUCGAUUUGCCGCGGUGAUUACUGUAACACAGAUGUCCGACAGACGACAAGAAGAGCUCGAAUUCCGAAGAAUCGCCUCGAUGCUCAGAACGAUCAUGAGGUGAGAGUUGUU